UUCUUCCUCUUAGGUACCGAAACCACUCCCAGAUGACCACAUCGUAGUCUCCUUUUUGAUGGCUUUACGCUCACGUAAACGCAGUCCCAAGACGCGAGACUGUCCUAUAUACAGAAACUUCUACUCGGUCUCAACUGAUCACAUACCUCUCUUUUGUUCUGUAUUCUUCCGUAGAGUACAUAACCCGUCUAUCGGCCAAGUAAUGAAGGCAAUCAUCGACGCCGUAGUCUCACACGACGACACCAACAUCAUGCUUGCUGCGAUCCUAUCGUUGAUUCUUGUGCUCGUCUUCAUCACAUUGUUGCAUUGCUACGCCAAAUGGUUCCUAUCCCAUGACCGUCUGGCAGAUGAUGGGAGAUCAUCGACGUCAGUGUUAGUAGUUUCGACGGCCUUAGGUGCUCGUCGCUUGCAUAAUCUCCUUGGCUUGUUAACUCUUGAUAAUAGUACUAACGAUAUCGAUUUCUCUCCUUCGGUUAUGGGGUUGGAAUCUUGCGUCAUCUCUUCGAUUCCUCAGUUUGUUUUCAAGGGAGAUAAAGAAAAGGAGGUUCAAGCACCGGAAUGUGUUAUCUGUUUGAGUUUCUUUGAGAAUGGGCAGAAGGGCAGGAAACUGGCGUUGUGUCGUCAUGCCUUUCACGUCGAGUGCAUCGAUAUGUGGCUGCACUCGCACACGACGUGCCCAAUAUGUCGUGCUCCUGCUGUGCAUGUGUCUGCUGGCGGAACGGGUUCGUCGUUGGGAAACGGUGAAACCGAUCUGAAUGAGGAGAAUUACGGAGAUUAUAUCGGUACGAGGAGGACGAGUAACGAGCUCCCUAGCAGGCUUGAGAUUGUGGUUGAGGUUCCAAACACGGGCAAUGGAUCAGAUGAUGGAUGUGAGAGAAAGAUCCAACGAUCCUCCAAUGCUGUUGAGUGAGUUUUGACACUUGGGAGAGAAUAUACUCUUAUUUCUAUGUACAAAUCGUUCUUUUCCCUUUUUUCUCUUUGGUUUUUGAAUGGGGC